AGAGGCUGAGGGUGACACUGGUGUCUGUCACAUAAACAAACCCCUUCUCCAAGGCUCCGUGGACCUUUAACAACUAACGUUGGCGUUGUUAGCGUUAUUACACGGUUCAUUUUAAUGCCGACAGAAGUCCUGUAGUCAAAAGACGAUGUCCCCAUUGAUGAAAAGUUAAAUAUAGUAGUUGUGUCUGCUGAGAGUGACCUGAUGCUAUAAUUGCAUGCUGCAUGCCUGAUCCAUCAACCCAUCACCCACCUGCACAUCCUGUCAGUUCUGAUGCUUAGCCCUUCUUUAGCAAUGAGAACUGCUCGCCCUUCCGUGCAUGUUGUGCUGUGAAAUGAGGCAUCAUGACUGAAGACAGGGUUAACCCUCUGGCACUGUCAUCUAAGAAAUCAUGCCAGGACCGGAAGGGCUCUGGACGAGAGCUAGAGAGGCUGCGGGCAGACUUGGAAGUGGCGAAAACGAGAACGCGGCGGGCCCAUGAGGACCUCGGUGUGGAGCUUAGACGCCUACGAGAAGAAGCAGAGCGGGAGCAGCAGAGGGCCUUGAGGGAGCUGACGGCCAGACAAGGGUGCCAAAAGGACGGAAAGUCUAACAGACACAGGUAUCUUCUAGCUAAAGAGGCGGACACUGGAAGCAGCAAACAGCACAGUAAAGUUGACUUCACACGGAAAAAGGCUUUUUGUUUUUGCAGCAGGCAAACGUAUACAAAGCUGGAGCAGUUGCUGCUGACACUAUAUAAGAAGAUAAAUGGUGAGCAGGCAGCUUAUAAAUUGCGUCACAGGCAGGAAUUUGAGCUAGAAAAGGCCAUCUUCCUCUGCCACCUGCUAGAAGCCCAUGGAAGACUGUUGCAGGGAGUGCAGAAAGCGGGACCCCUCAGACAUGUUUUCAAAAGCCUAUCAAGGAAGCCAUCUCAGGAAGACAGCAUUAAAUACCAUCAGACGACGCCCCUCCUAACCCAACCCAGGGCCUCGCUCCAGAGACCCCACAGUGCCUCCCACUUGCCAAAAACCAAAACCAAACAAGAUCAGUGGAAGCAGCCUUCAGGCAGGACCUUGUGUGCAGCUGACCCCUGCGUCACUGCUGCAGUCUUGGACACCUGUCAGAGCAGCUCUCAGAAUAUUUGUCACUCUUUCAACACUCCCCAUGCAGGCUGGGACAGUCAGCCGUCCUCCUGCACUGAGUCCUCUGGGUCUGAGGAGUCCUCGCCAUCCAAAUGCAUGAAGACAAACAUGGAGAAUGGCACUGACUAUGGCUUCCUGGUGCGUCAGAAUUCUGAACUCUUGCGAGCCCUGGAUGAGCUGGAGAAGACUUGUGCCACAUUAAGAGAGGAGAAUGGCCUGCUGCGGAAGAGCAGCGCCCCAGAGACUGAGGAGAAGGUCAGGCGGCUGAGGAGAAAGAACACAGAGCUGGCUGUUCUUGCAAAGAGGUUGGAAGAGAGGGCUCGCAAACUGCAGGAGGCCAACCUCAAAGUGGUCAAUUCUCCGUCAUUGAUGAGACCUGGGGCAGUGGAACAGUACAAGAGAGCAUUUGCCCGUCAGCGUGCUCGUGACCUAGCGCAGCAUGCCGAUGCACUGCUCUCUAAGGACAAGGAAAUUGCUGCCCUGCAGCAGGAGUGCAGAGAGCUGGAAGCUCGACUGGGUAUCACUAAGGGCUCUCCUAUUCCAUCUGGUAGAGUGGAAUUUGAGAAACUUCUUAGGGAGUCUCAGAAGGAGGUACUGCGGCUGCAGAGGCAGCUGUCGGUCACAUCAUCCAGACGGCAGCAUGACCAUAUCCCUGACGACGAUGCUGCUGAGAAGUGUGGGGAAAAUGUGAAGGAGGAAGGUAGAGAGAAGGUUGUAGGAGAGACCCCGUGUGUGGCAUUAGAUGAAGCUCCAUCCAGGUGUGAGAAAACUCCCGGAGAGGAGGAGGAGUCGGGGCUGCGAGUGACGCCCCCACCGGGCCUUAGCCCGCCCCCCUCCCAUCAGGAGGAAAACCCAGAGGACCAGUGUCUACUGUUUCUGGAAAGUGAGCUGAGCAAGAAGAGAAAAGAAUGUGAAAAUCUUGAGCAUGAAGUAAAGAAGCGACAGAAGAGAUGUCUGGAUUUGGAGAGCCAGCUUGAGGAUGAGCGAGGCAAAAAUGAGCAACUAAAGGAGGAGGCAGAUCUCCUCAGGAGGAAGGCACAGCUGCUCGACCAGACUCGGGCUGAGAAUGAGGAGCUGAGGGAAGAUCUCUCUGAAGUGACCGCUCAACGCAAUUCAGUUCUCGAGGAGAACCAGCGACUCCGUGCCAAACUGGAGAACCUAGAGCAGGUCCUAAAGCAUAUGCGAGAGGUCGCUGAGCGAAGGCAGCAGCUGGAAUUGGAACAUGAGCAAGCACUGGCUAUCCUUAAGUUCAAACAGGAUGAAAUCAAAAGGUUACAGCGGGCUCAGUUAUUUGCCAAGAGGGAGCACGAAGGAGUGGUUCAGAUGCUGGAGGAGUUGACUCAGCUUGUGUUGCGGAGGGAGCUGUCAAAGGUACGAGAGCUGGAGGAGAAAUGUCGCAGCCAGAGCGAACAGUUCGGCCUGCUGUCCCAAGAGCUGGAGAAGUUUCGAAUGCAGGCCUCAAAAGUGGAUCUGGCCAGCUCUAGCCUCCUCAACAACCCCAGCCUCUCUGUUCUGACCAACGGGGUGGGCCUGGCUACAGAACGAGAUGUGGCCACUGCACUGCGCAUGGGGGCCACCCCUCACGCUGCAGGUCUGUCCAGGGUGGAGCGAUCACCUGUCACCAAGCAUCGAGAGCUGCCCACCAUCAGUGUCAGCAAGUCAGGCUCUUCCUCUAGCAAGUCAGAGACCACACACCUCACCCCCAAGUCUGACACCCAUCUCAGUCCGCACAAAUCAAGCCCAACACAUGAGGUGGACACAGCCAGUGAAGUAGAGGAGUUGGAUAUUGAUGCAGCCCCAGCACCUUACACAGCUAGCAGAGGAGCAGCAAAGCUUCAGGUUUUUAUUGCAAGAUACAGCUAUAAUCCUUAUGAUGGCCCCAAUGACAACCCUGAGGUUGAACUACCACUCACUGCUGGAGAAUACAUCUAUGUAUAUGGAGACAUGGAUGAUGAUGGCUUCUAUGAAGGUGAACUGAUGGACGGACGGAGAGGGCUGGUCCCCUCUAACUUUGUGGAACGCGUUUCAGAUGAUGAUGUCAUGAGCACUCACCAUCCAGAGACGGCAGACAUGUCCCAUAACUCCCUGAUAGACAGCAGCCUGCACAGUGCCAGCCACCAGCAUCACCUCCACGUGGGUGUCAGCGCCCCAGAAAGGACAGAGGCCCCUGCUGCCUCUGGCCCUGCCUCAGCCCCCUCAGAUUCAGCAUCAGCCUUGGCUGUCCCAGCCCCCCUCACCAACGGCCUGGACUUGGAUUUGGAGGAGGUGGGAGUGGACAUUGUGCCUUACCCACGUAAGCUCACCCUCAUCAAGCAGCUUGCCAAGAGUAUCAUCAUCGGCUGGGACCCUCCGUUGGUGCCGGCUGGGUGGGGCAAUGUGUGGAGCUAUAAUGUGUAUGUGGACCAGGAGCUGCGGCUCAAUGUGCCCUUCGGUGCCCAGACCAAAGCGGUGCUGGAGCGGCUAGACAUAAACCUCAAGGCCUAUCGUGUGUCAGUGCAAAGCCUGACAGAGAAGGGUCUCUCAGACCAGCUCCGCUGCAGCAUGCUGGUCGGUCGGGACGUUUCCGUGGCGCCCACACAGUUGCGUGUGGAGAGGAUCACCGCCACCUCUGCCAACCUGACCUGGCUGCCCAGCAACAGUAACUAUGUGCACAUUGUGUCCUUGAAUGACGAGGAGUGUGAGCUGGUGAAGGCUGGCUGCUACUCGCUGUGCCUCAAUAACCUCUUGCCCAGCCUGCAGUACACCAUCAAAGUGGAGGCACGGCCGCACCGCACGCCGUGGGAGUUACCCGUGGAGCGGCGUGAACACAGAAGCGCUACAAUCAGCUUCACCACACUGAUGGCAGUUCCAUGCCCACAGUCUGGGAAUUCAGGCCCCCCUGAUGCUCCUCUGGAUGUGCAGCUGGAGCAUGGUCCCUCUCCAGGAAUUGCUCUCAUCAGCUGGUUGCCAGUCACUAUAGAUGCUGCCGGGACCUCCAACGGCGUCCGUGUAACUGGAUACACUAUAUAUGCUGACAAGAAGAAGGUGCUUGAGGUGUCUUCCCCAACAGCUGGCAGUGCCCUGCUGGGUCCCUCUCAGAUCCAGUCCCUGCUGGUAGCUCAGGAGCUCACUGUCCGCACCACGUCCGCCCACGGAGAGUCCUGUGACUCUCUGCCAGUAAAUGUGCCCUCCAAGCUGGCUGCCAUUAUGGCAGGCCCAGCUAUCACUGCCCCAGUUGUGCCGCCUCAACCCUGCACUCCAGUAGGUCCCAGUAGCCUGCCCCCCUCACCAUCCUAUGGAAACUCUGCUGCCAAAGUGUCCACGCUGCCCAGCUCUUUGCCAUCAGAGAUACAUAUCACUGGCCUCACAGUGGAGGCUGCUGCCAACUCGCCUUGUGCCCUCCGCUCAGAAGAGCUCUCGUCUUCCUUAUAUGUGAAGGCCUGGGCCAACCCUUCAUCUGCUGCUGCCUUGGCUGUUAGCGAGGCCACAUUACCAAUAGCCUCCACCGUUACCCCACUGGUUAAUGUGACCUCCCUGGCCACCUCAGCACCUCUGCCAUCCCCAGUGUCACCAGCCCCUGCUCAAGCUCCAUCAGUGGCAGCAGCAGCACCAGUGUUGGAGCAGCACAGAGACACUGACAGCCCUGGAACCAUACGUCCAUUCCCAUCUAUCACAGAGUUCAUCGAGGACCCCGGUGCCAAGCUCGGGACACCUGAGCGCAUCCCUACCCCACCCAAAGCCCCGAUUACAGAUCUCCUUAACCCUCAAGACACUAACCUCAUCCGACCCCCCAGCACUUCUCCUCUGGAAUCUGAGGUAGAAGAGGAGCAUGAAAAUACCCGCUUGGUGUCCAUCGAGGAGUUCUUGAGACAGGACCAAGAGCCAGUGUACAGCAGGAGGCAGCAGAGUUAUGUCAGAGGGGUUGUCGAGCCUCCCAGUGACUACCAUGCAGACAAUAGCCGCUCAGAUCUGUCAGACAUCCUGGAGGAGGAGGAAGAGGACCUUUACUCUGACCACCUUGGAGAAGUACAUGCUAGGGGAUAUACAAUUGGAGCUAACAGGUUGUGCAAGUUGGAGGCUCCAGACAGUGACGAGGAAGUUCUUGAAAAGAUCCUUAAGUUGCCUCCUCAGGUCCACCACAACAAGCAACUGUUCAGCAUCCCCGAGGCGACAGAGGAGGAUGACAGCAGUCAAGAAGAACAUUUGACUCACCGCAACCAGCAUCAGCCAAGGCCCGCCCACCUUCACCCCAGAAACUCUGAACACCUCCAUCAUGCCCCCCAACAUCACCCCAACCCACACCCACAAAUCCCUCCUCACCAUCACCACCUCAACCAGGAACCCAGAUCUCUAACCAAGGAGCCUUUACCCAAACAUGAGCCCUUGCAGGUCAAGCCUAAGACACAGCACAGAGUGCAUUAUGCAGAAACAGUGGACACCAUCAGUUAUCCUGAAGAAGAAGACACAAGUUCAUAUGAGGGUCCCACCGGCAGGCGGGUCUCAGCCCGCUGUCCUCCCCGGCUGACCCCCAACAGCAAAGCACUGCUUCGAGGGCUAGGGGACCGCCUUAGGAGGGAGGCCAUGCUUAGGAGUCAGAUGGCUGUUGCCGCUGCGGCCAACCCCGGCCAUGGCCUUACCCCGCCAAGACCCUACCCAGUCAGCAAAACAGUACGAACUGUGAGGUCACCCAUUGGUCCUGGGGUGGAGAUUGAUGUGGAGUAUGGUACAGAUGACAAUGAGGAGCCCUUGGAGUAUAAUCCUGGGGAGGUGGUGGUGGAGCAGAUGAGCUCUGAAUGGUGGGUAGAGGGGGAGCACGGCAGACCUCCUCAGCGCAGAGGACAGAAGGCUGAUCUGCUGGAGGCCACCCAGAUCCCUCCAGUUGAAGCAGAUCCAUCAUGGAAACGCCAAGCAGAGCUUUCUUGUAAAUCAGCGUGCUUGCAGGCCAGGCAUCUCAAAGGUGGUGUGGAAUCACCGAAGAUGAAAGGAGACAGCGACAUACGCAUCUUUGUGGCCCUCUUUUCAUAUGAUCCUGCCAGCAUGUCACCCAAUCCUGACGCUGCUGAGGAGGAGCUUCCCUUCAGUGAAGGACAAAUCCUCAGAGUUUAUGGAGAUAAAGACGCAGACGGGUUCUACCGGGGAGAGUCGGGCGGUCGUCUGGGCUAUGUGCCAUGUAACAUGGUGUCUGAGAUCCAGGUGGAGGACGAGGAGACCCGGCAGCAGCUACUGCAGCAGGGCUUCUUGUCUACAGUAGCCUCCAUGGAGAAGAUCGGCACUCGCACACACGCACAGCUUCCACGUCGCCCUGUUCCACCGCCGAAACCGAGACGAUCCAAGAAAGUGAAAUCUGCAGCACUCUUGGAGGAGAGUGUUAGCCCCUCCAGUCAAGAUCCAAGCCAGACUGUUCCCACUGCAGCUGUGGGGAAGCCAACCCCAGGAGCCCGCAGGAUGGUCGCAAUCUUUGAUUAUGACCCACGAGAGAGCUCCCCCAACACUGACAUAGAGGCCGAGCUGACCUUCAGUGCAGGAGAUAUCAUACACGUGCUUGGUGACAUGGAUGAAGAUGGUUUCUUCUACGGAGACUUAAAUGGUCACAGAGGCCUCGUGCCCUCCAACUUCCUGCAGGCCAUCCCAGAUGAUGCUCCUGUGCAACAUGCACCUGAACCCAGGAAAGAAUCGCAGGAUGUUUGGACGUCUUCCACAGAGCCACAGGAUUCUGGGCCCUCAACACUAGAAGAAUCUUUGCCCCCUCAGACUGAACCUGCUUGCCCCGGCACGACAGAGCGCACAGAUCUACAACCCCAACUGGCACCCUCUGCAAACUCCACGUCAGAGUUGAACCCAGCUGCAGCGAAGGCCUGUGGGCUCGCUCCAGACCCCCGCCCCGCAGACAGCCCCGCACAGGCCGACUGCUCUGUGCAAGGAAAGAAGAAGAAAAGUUUUUUCUCCAAAGGCAAGAAACUGUUCAAAAAGCUGGGGUCCAGCAAGAAAGAAUGAGAGUCGGGACAUCUGACUCAGUACUUGUGUCACAUUGAAAGCACUUUUUUCUGCAACUGUAAUUCUCAGUUGGUAGUCGUUGCGGCUAGCAGCUAUCAGAUCUAAUAAUUGAUGCUUUAACUGUCAGUAGUUCUACAUUUGCCUUAGAGCACUGCUAGAGCAGCUGUUAAAUGCAGAAUACUCUAAAACACCAACAGCAUCACGAGAGCAUGUAGAAGUGCAUGUUGAAGUGAGCAAACUCACAAAUAUAUUCUCUGAAUACUUCCUAAUAAUUUGAGCAUUUGCAAAUUUUCAACUCAUCUGAGGCGUUAAUGCUUAAAACACUUAGCAAUCACCUGAAGGAUUGACUCUAUUUAGAAUAAUCGAACGCAGAAUGAUACUGAGCAGAGCGGAGCAGGCUUCAUCCCAACUCAGAGACAGCUAAUGAGAUAUUAGCUUUAAUGCUCGUGUACUGGUGCCACUUUAUUCAUUUGAAACAAAGACAGAGGCAGCACUCCGUCUCUCCUCUGUGUGACUGUAAAGAAUGCACUAUCCAUCCUGAAUGGAUGCUUCUCUCUCAUGUGUUUCUUGUCUUUAAGAGUAUUUAUACAUGACUUUGUACAGAACAUGUUAUUUAUUUGUAUCAGACUCCUGCCCUAAUCAUUACCACAAUGCAUGAAGUGGCAUCAGGGCGUGAAGUUAGAGAUUUGGAGCUGUCAGAGACGGCAAGAAUCCAGUUUGAUACGUGUAGUUUAGAGCUACGUGUUGGGGUUUGAGGCUAACAGUCCUGACUCUAUGUUGGAGUUCAAUGUAAAGAAUGUGAAGGGUUAUCCUUCGUGUGUGUGUGUGUGUGUGUGUGUGUGUGUGUGUGUGUGUGUGUGUGUGUAGCCCGCAGUCCACUGGUGUGACUGGAAACAGUUGCCUUUCUCAGACAUUAAUACAGGAACUCUUGAUGGUUGUGACAACAGUCAUAACUGGCCUAACUGUUACAUAUUUGCUGUGUGUGUGCGAGUGUUAGUGUGCGCAGAAGUAGUGGUAGCUGACACAGCUGCAAUUGUUUGGAAUAUUUAUUGAUUAAUCAAUUAAUCAGUUAGUUUCUAAAACAUUUGAAAAGAGGGAAAAUGCUCAGUGUGACUGCACAGAUAUUAAUUUGGCUCGUGCCUUGAUAGAAGGAAAACAGCAGGUUCUUACAUUUAAGCGUGACCCCUGAUAGUCCCCACCCUGCCCUCCAAUUUUAGCCGGAGGUUGUCUCUGUGUGUAUGGGACAAAUGUGUAUAUGAGCAGUCAGGGGAAAGUGACCCAAUAAAUCAGUAGUCAUGUAUUUUGUUACUUUCUGUUAUUCUUUAGUCACAAUCUGAGAUUUUGAACUAUGUUUCUCUUUAUUCGGGGGUUUUGAGCAAAGGAAACAGAUUUUCAUAUUGAGCUCCAAACUGUCACAAACUGGCAGCAUUAAAAGCAUGCCAAACUAGCUGUUAGCACCUCCAUAAAGAUGUGGCGCUCUCAGUGAUUUUGUGGUUUAUGCGCAGUCGACAUUGGGAGGACAUGAUAAAUGGAUUUUAUUUUGAUUUUUACGCAAACAACUGAAACCCUCUGCUAGCUGCCCCCCCCCACACACACACACACAUUUGACUCUGAGUGUGAAUGCUUCAGGGUUAAUUGAUUAAUCAAUUUUCUGUUGCAGCUCCAUUUAAUUUGUAAUCCCAAAUGAAAAGAAUGAGAAUAUUCUAGUUGGUAGUAGAUACCCAGCAGAUGAGUGUGUUAGCCUGUGGGGUGUGGUGGUGUUUGAAUGUAGCAUGCAGGGCACUUCCUAGUACAGCAUUUACAAUGAGCAGUUUUCAGUCAUUGCACUGGUGGUUAGUGGCACUACUACUGUACUUAGACUCAGCAAUAAGUGGCUGAUGCAUCUAUAGUUUUGCCUCCACGUAUAACAUGUGUGUAGUCGAGUUUAACUCGGAGAGGCUAAACAGUGUUAUGUGAUCACCCUUCAGGCCAUGCAGCCCAGUGAUGGUUAUUUCUCUGUCCGCACAUUUGCAUCACAACAUUUUAAAAGUUUCUUUAAAAAGGCUCAAGCAAUCGUGCAUGUUGUGUCUUACAGCAGGAGCACAAACACAGAGCCGCGCUGCGUCUGUGGGCCGUGAGCGCCACUCACAUGAAAACGCAGCGAUUUGCUCAGUUUUGAUGGAGCAAACCUUUAGUGUACAGUUUGUUAUUCAUUUGAGACACAAGCAGUAAUUAAUUUACUCAGUCUGGUUAGAGCGUGUGUGUGUGUGUGUGUGUGUGUGUGUGUGUGAGAGAGAGAGAGAGACACAGGGCUGUUAGGGAACUUCUCAGGUUUUCACUCAUUUUCUUUUCCAUGCUGAGCCACCUGUGUGGUUGUCAAAAAAGCAGCAGAAGAUGCCAAAAUGUUUGGUGCUUUUUUUUCCUGUUACUACUGUCGGCUUGAAGGUUUGUUUUCAGACUCACACUUGAAGGCCCACGUGGGCAGAUGGAGUGAAGGUUCAAGUUGGAGGCACAUUAUUUUUCUUUAAUAUGAUGAAUGUUUUUAAAUUGUCAGUGUUAAAAUAAAGGGAGCACGAUGAUGCCAAGAAUCAAA